AUGGAGUCCGGCGGGCGGCGGCGGCAGCAGCAGCAGCAGCAGCGGAGGCUCCAGGGGCUGCGGCGGGAGGCGGCGGAGUAUUACCGAGGCCACCGAGUGCCGCAGAGGACGGAGGAAGCGCUCAAUUCCCUCUUCACCCUGCGCCCCGCGGAUCUCUACGGGGAGCUGGCUAACUACUUUUCUAAAUUUUCGAGAGCUCCAGUAAUAUGCAAAUUAGUUGGAAGAAAAGUUCUUGAUGGAGUUGGUCAGCCAACAUUAGAAGUGGAAAUAUACUGUACAGUUAAAAACUAUGAGAAGAGGAUUUGUUCCACUGUAAUGUCUUCUCAUUCUCAAAUAUCUGAAAAUGCUUUACCUGACACAGCUGAAGCUGAUGAGAGAGAAAGAAAUGACUCUGUUAACACUGCUGUGGAAUGGGUCAAUGAAUCACUGAACACAAUGUUAAGAGACUUGAAGCCUACUGACCAGUGUAAAGUUGAUAAGGUGCUUGGUGAAUACUUUAGAAAAAAGGUAGAAGAAAGAAAAGAAAUUCAAAACCAAGAAGAAGAAGCAGAAGCCACUCUUGCCCUUACUUCAAGCACUGCAUCAGCAACAGCACUAUCUGGCAAAAAAAAAGCAGCAAAACCAGGAAAGAAGGUGGCAGUUGCAGAGAGAACGAUCCCACCUGCAGAACCCGUUGAAUCCGUGCUUUGUGGCAGCUUAGCCAUUGGGGGAACAUCACUUGCCAUAGCUAAGGCUGGUGCCACCAUUAGCCAUAUCCCCUUGUACUUACAUAUUGCACUGCUGAAACAUGAUCAGGAUUCACCUAAAGAAAUGACACUACCACUCCCAAUGGUUACUCUGUUGAACUGUGAAAAAAUUUCGCCUGCAAAACUGAAAUUAGUGAAAGAAGUUAUGCUUAUACCACCAGUUCAGUUAUCACUCAAACAGGGCAUAGAAAGAGUUCUGGUUAUUCAGAAAGAAAUUAUGAGACUGUUGGACCCUCCAGGCAAAGUGCCCAGUCCUCAACUAGCAGACAGUAAGAAAGGCAAAGCACGUAAUAUAGGGAAGAAAGCUCCGCCACAAGCCUUAAAAAGAAUAUCACACUUAGGUUGCCUAAUAACAGGAUGUGAUAAUCUAGAACAACCGCUACUCCUAAUGCAAACAGCUUGCAACAAUAUAGGUUUGGAGCUAGGAACAGACAUGCACUUAGCAAUAAAUUUUGCUGCUCAUGAAGUAAUGGAUUACGUUAAAGGAAAAUAUGAAGUACUCACUGGAACAUUCAAAAGUCCUGACGAAAUGGUUGACAUGUAUGUGGAACUGAUCAAUAAAUUUCCUUUUAUUAUUGCAUUAAUAGAUCCCUUAAGAAAAGAGGACAGACAGCAAUGGAAUAACAUAUGUUGUGCUCUUGGUUCCAAAUGUUACCUGAUUGCUGAAGAUGCUGCCAAAUAUAUUUCCCAACUUAAAACUGAUGAAAACAUAAACAUACCAAUGUGCAGUGGUGUUGUCCUAAAAUAUAUUAACCAAACUAAGGUAUCAGACCUCAUAGAACUUACUGGACUUCUAGACGGUCAAAGACAUAUUACCAUAUUAGGAAGUCCAGAUGGAGAAUCUUCUGAUGAUAGCCUUGUGGAUCUGGCUGUUGGACUGGGUGCCAGGUUUAUCAAGUUGGGAGGUCUUUCCCGCGGAGAAAGGGUGACCAAAUACAACCGCCUUCUUGCUAUAGAGGAAGAACUGGCCAAGAAUAGAACGCUACGUGAGGCAAAUCUUGAAUUUAUUGCUUUUGCUGAAGAACCACAGCCAGAAAAACAACUUUGCGAUGUACUUCCUCCCCCAAAGCAGGAUUCGUUGCCUCCACAGCUCUCUCAGCCAGCCCUGCAGGUUCGCAGCCUGCCUGCUCAGGCCCCAGAGAACAGCACACUGACCUAGGUUGUCAACAU